AUGCUGCGAUGGGCCACAAGGCCAAGUGCCAGCGUUCUGCUGUCUUCUGGCCGACUUCAGCCGUUCCAACCUACACCGAGAUCAUAUCCGUCAAGGGCCGAGAUUCGUGAACCUGAUUGUACUGCGGCGCGGGAAUGGUUCAAGGAUUUCAACGCCCUAAAAUCAUUGCGCGAUAUUGGGGAAUUGACCUACAGUCGGUCCAGCGGUCCUGGCGGACAGAACGUCAAUAAGGUCAAUUCCAAAGCACAAUUGCGCGUUCCCAUCAGCCGCCUCUUCCCCUUGAUUCCUCCUGUCUUGCACGAAGGUAUCCUCGCUUCACGAUACUACGCGCAGAGUUCGUCUAGCCUUGUGAUACAGGCGGAUGACAGUCGAAAACAGCAAGCCAACAAGGAGACAUGCGUUCGCAAGCUCGUCCAGGAAAUUGUUGAUAUAUACAACCGUACGAUACCGGGAGAAACAUCAGCGGAUCAAAAGGACAAGGUCAAGAGGCUUCAAACAGCAGAGAACGAAUCGAGAUUAAAGAGAAAGAAGCUGCAUUCAAGCAAGAAGCAGUCAAGGUCAAAGAGUAAUAUGGAUUGA